AUGUCGCUGCAGCCAAACGAUGCUGUCGCCCAAUCGCUGUCGGGUACCGACUUACCUCCAAAUCCCUACUCUAGGGACUCACCACCUGCCUCAGAAGAAACCUCGCACGUUGUUAUAGACCUUUCUUCGCCCACAAAACCUUCGAGUCGACCCUCUCGCAAGGAGUCACGUUCGGAGAUGCCUCGCCCACGGCAGCAGAAGUCUGAAAGAAGCGAGGACGAGAAGAGAUUAUUUGGGGAUUACACUAGACCGGCGGAUGCAGUUAAUCUUCCCGAUCCAAGGUCUUAUCUGCCGUCGGCGAAGCGCUCCAUGACUACAAAGCCCGGUUCAAACAGCGGUUUUAGACCCGUAGACACCAUGAACACCGGACCCAACACAUCGAGCCGAAAGCCUACUACGUAUGGGAGACACAAUCGCCCACCUGUACCAUUGAUAGGUCAGGCGCAUGGCGCAGGACAGGUUGCAUACCUUCAGCAACGGCAAGACAGAAUACCUGCGACACCAGCUCAUCGCAAACCCUCACGAGAAGGUGGUGAUCCAUGGUCGGGUGGAGCUGUAUCUGGGAAACGACGGAAAAUCGACCAUGUCAUAACACUCGACGACGAUGAUGACGACGAUGAUGAUGAUGAAGUGUUGGAGGUAUCUCGUCCUGGGUACACCACACCUGUUGGCAUGUUACAGGACCAGUCGCGCCCAGCCAAAACUGAGCCAUCGCGGAUGAGCACUGGAAGUGGAAGUACUAUCAGUGAUUUUAGGCCGCUUCAAUCGAAGAGCGAGUUUCGAGAAGUCGACAGCUUUCUCAAAUCUUCCCAGAAGAAGCCAAGGAAAUCGAGUUCUAACACACCUAAAGGUGAUCUGCGACACUCCCCUUUUGGCGGUGGUGCUCUGUCCAAUAGCCCUGGCGCACAUGCUAAUCGACAGGCUAUCUUGCAGGACUUUCAACAAGGCGAAGCGAAACAGAGUUCCACAAGACGUGAUAGUUCUGAAAGCAAAGUUGGCCCAGUCACAUCUCGCUUCUUUCCUAACGCUCGUAUUAAUGAAUCAACAUCGGAACAAAUGGAAAACCAGCCUGAAAAUGUAGAGAGCGCAUACCUUCGCACACAGCAUAGAUCGGCACCGAAGCGAACACAAACAAUGACCGACAGCUACAGCGCAGAUGAGCUUGCCAUUACACCUCCACGGCAGGGAUCGAAAUCACCUUCCAAGCAAAAGCAAAAGCAAGGUGCGAACAGUGGGGUCAAGCGAAACGCUCGCGGAAACGUCAUCGAAGAGGCUUGGCCACUAUCGUUCGCAAGGUCGUCUGACUUUGAGGGCAAUGGAUCAACAUCCAAGGACGGCCAUGCUACGUUAGUUUUGAAGAGCAGUAUAUCGGGCUUGCGUAUCCAAACCUGGGAACCGAUGGAUGGUUGUUACGAAAGUCAAAUCAUCAUACAAUCCAAGGAUAUCAACAAGGUGCUUGCGGACGGCACCAGUCGCCUUCGGUUGCAGGGGCCUCGGAAGUACGACGGAAAUUUCGGCAUCCUCGACUUAGAGUUUGCUAAUACUCCCGACUUUUUCGUCUUUCUCAAUGAUCACGCAUCGUCAAUGACGCUAACCGGGAAGUACUUGGCAAAAUCAGAUGAUUAUAUGCUCCAAUUGUUCAAAACACCUCUACAGCCGAAGAAUGAGAAGAUUGGCACGUCAGCACUGGUAGAAGAUCCCACUGAGCAUUCAAAACGGAGCGAUCGAGAAAGCGAUGGAACGUCGAAAACACCCCUGUUGGAUCAACUGAAGCGCGCUGCAGAUGGACCUGCACCUAGUGCUAAGGCUGGUGGGAGUACCACAAGCAUGAGAUCGACCCGGCCAUCACGCGCAAGAGGAUUAGCCCCAACUCACUAUGUCGAGGAUACGCCUACAUAUUCGGAUGUACCCAAAUAUUCGGUCAAAACAGGACUCGGCCAACCCUGGACUAGGUCUCUCGAAUUUGGCGAAGGUCGUCAGCGUGCGAUAGUGCAUUUCGACGAUCUACCCCGUCUAGACGAAGAGGAGUACAUGAACGACAGCUUGAUCGACUUCUACAUGAUCUAUCUUUUCAAACAGCUGAAUGUUCCUGCUGACAAGGUGUAUUUCUUCAACACCUACUUCUUCACGAAGCUGACUGAGAACUCGGGUCGAAAAUCGAUAGACUAUAAGGCUGUAGAACGGUGGACAUCUAAGAUCGAUAUCUUCCGGUACGAUUACAUCGUUGUGCCUAUCAAUGAAAACCAGUCGCACUGGUACCUGGCAAUUAUCUGUAAUGUGUCAAAGAUUCCGCGGAAGCCGAUAAUUCAAGAUUUCGAUGCACCUCAAGUGAAUGUACGACAGCAAUCGAACGUCUCAGCUACAACCACCAAGCAUGAAGUGGCCGUGACCCAGAGACCGGCAUUGUCCCUGGAUUCAUCCGCCGUGAAUGAGGAAACUCAGGGUCAGCCGAGCGACGAGGAACCAAACCUUUUUGAUGAGACGGUACUAUCUCUCGUCGACCGCAACGAUACUGGAAUCGAGACGUCCUGUACAUCCGAGGUCACCCAAGCAGAAUCAGUGCGUCAAAACCCAGAGGAUGGGUCCUUGGCCGUACCAAUAGUCAGUGUGGAUGAAAAGGAUACUCAACAAAGAAUAUCCUCACAAUCGCAGUUGACUGCGUCAUCCACGAAGACCAAGGCCAAACGCAAAUCUAUACCCAAGAGAGACCCUGAUCAGCCCGUGGUCAUAGUGUUGGACUCCCUCACUGGUAAUACCAGAUCCGGGGCGGUCCGCGCACUCAAAGAUUGGAUAACAGCAGAGGGUGAACACAAGCGUGGCAUGGAAGCCGUCAUCAAAGAAAAUGGCUAUUAUCCCAAGGAUACGCAGAUUCCAAUGCAAGCCAACUGGACCGACUGUGGUGUCUAUCUACUUGGCUACGUUGAGAAAUUCUUCCAAAAUCCCGAUGACUUCAAGAACAAACUACUGACGGGGUCAAUGUCAGCUCUAGAAGAUUGGCCAGAGCUCAAGCCAUCCGAGAUGCGGCAUAAGAUGCGUCAAAUCAUAUUUGAUUGUUACAAAAAGCAGGAGGAAGAUAGAAAAGCACAGAAGAAAGCUAAGAAGGGUUCUGCAAGUUCUAAGACGUCACCGGCUCCGACUACACGUGAACCCGUGGAUCAGAGCCGACGCAACACUGAAGAGCCACGAUACGAAGGGACGAAGCUUGAACAAUCGCCUCGUAAUGGAAAUGCGCCGCCCACGUCGCUACAGGCCCAUUCACCCGCCCGCCUUCCACCCAGACUUGGAUCGCCAUUUAGUCUCGAUAUGCAGCAUGUAGCAUCUACUAAACAGUCACCACAGGAAGCUGUUAUGAAAGUGUCCGAUUCGCCGCCGAUUUCCACAUCUCCUUUGAAGCAAGCCAUUGUUACUUCACGCUCAGAGGAGACACCAAAGCGCCACCCUGAAGUUCGCAUUCCUAGCAGAACCCCGCAAUCACAUAGGUCCAUGCACAACGGCCAGACUACUUCAGAUGGAUCGCCACGUCCAGUCAAAGCACUGCAACACACUGGCCAUGCACCAGGUAUGUCGAGCCCUAGGAAGCGUCGAAGACAGAAUGACGACAAGAAACAAGUCGAAUCGCCGACUGCGAAGCGGCAGCUCACCAGGUCGGCAGAUCGAGUUCAUAAUGUUAGCGUGAUAAGCGAGCAGUUGGCUCCACGCAGCCAAGAAGGCAGUGCUCCCAAUGCGCCUAUUGAGAUCGACGACUCCCAGGAGGUCAAGGUCGUCAACGCUAACCAUGGCCAACAUGUACAAGCAAGCUCAAUUGCUGAGCGCAAGCCCUCGUCGCAUGCUUCACGCCCGAAGCAGAAGCCUCACCCCUCACUGUCGGUGCAAGAAAUAUCACGUUCGUCAUUCAGUAUUGAAAACUCCAAACAUCGUCAACGCGAAGGAAACCCUGUUGAUCGUGCGCUCAGGACAUGGAUGGACGAAGACGAUUACGCCAGGGAAAAGACACGGCGUUCAAGGGCGCCUGCUCCUAGCGACGCGAAUGAUUCGUUUGAGCGGAGGGAAGAGGAGGUGUCUGAUCCAAUGGAGGGAAUCUCACAAUCCACCAACCAGUUGCAGCUCGAUGGAGUCAACGACGGAUCCGUUGUUAGGGAGACACCGGAGCCUGGUGAAAGGAGUCCAGUCGCGCAGAAUCGAUGGUCGCGCCAAGAUCCUCUCCUUCUCUAG